AUGAGAAGGCCACUACCGUCGCCGUCACCGCCCGCAACAUCGACCGCCACGUCAGCUUCGACUUCUCCCACCACGACGACUAGUCUUCCCUUCCCACCACUCUUAAGAGCGCCGGGCCACGUCACCAUCAGCGCCGGCCUACACCACCAGCAUAUCAACCACCUGAAUGCAGGGACGGCAUCGCCCUACGAACAGGCGGGCAGCCCGGCCAUCGUGGUCCUGCAGCGGAACGACCGGGUCACGCUGCGGCUGCGGAUCCAGACGCCCACUUCGUUCACCGGCCUGGCCCUGUCCGUGCUGGUGGUGGGCGCCCAGAGCAACUCGUCCUCUUCGGCCGAUGUGUUCUGGGACCUCGAGCGCCUUGACCUGCCGCCGCACCACCACCAGGCUGAUGGCGCAGCGCUGUACCACAUCGCCACCUAUGCUCUGGACGACCUCAAGUGGACAUCACUGGAUGAGGGAAUGGCCACCGCCACGCUGCACGUGACCGUGCUCGAGUCCAACGUGGUCAUCCUGCGGCACGAGUUGGUCUACGAAAGAAGAACCCGGGACAGGCUGGGAGCCGAGUGGACCAGCUUCCACUUCGAGAAGCUCACCGGCGAGGCCAGGGUCACCAACGACACGGCCAAGAAUCAGCGCGAGUACCUCGCUCACCGGGUCUACCAGAACUGCGUGCCCGCCAUCGCCGACGGGGUCGCCCAGUGGACCGACGACGUGGCCGAAGCCGUCAACGAGGCCAUCGGCGACAAGCAGUUCGUCAUCACCAUGGACCCAGUGAUCUCGUCGUGCCCCUACACGGUGUGCGUGGGUGCCAAGAGCAUCGAAGAUCUGUUACGAGUAGAGAAGGCCCUCUAA